AUUUUUCUUCCGGUUGACUCUGGAUUGCUGGUAAAUCUUCGGAAAAAUAUCGAUAUGGUUCGUUCGUUUCUGCAAGGCUUACCAUCGCUGUACGAAUGGAACUCUUCGACACAGUGCUGCAUUGGAGCAGCGCUAAAUGCAGCAUACGAACUCAUCGCAGAAAACGGAGGUCGUAUCACGGUGUUCUUGACAGUUCUUCCGAAUACAGGGCCGGGUGCUUUGAAGAACCGUGAGGAUCCGAAUCAGCGUGCCGCUGCUGAAGUGUUGAAUUUGUCGCCAGCCAGCGAUUACUAUAAAAGUUUGGCACUGGAGUGUACGGGCCAUCAGGCUGCCGUUGACUUAUUUUUACUGAGUAGUCGCUAUGCCGAUUUGUCAACGCUCGGUGGGUUUUGA